AUGAAUAUUUUAUUAAGUUUGUUUUUGUUUGUUAUAUAUGUAUUUUAUGUUUUACCAUGUCAAACACAACCUACUAAUAGAAAAAAGCGUUUCGCUGAAAUAUGUAAAAGUGCAGAAAAUAAAAAUGAAUCGAGCGUAUACUGUAUGAAAGAUUAUAAAAUGAAAAGUUCAAUAUAUAAAUAUAAACAUCUUAUGAAUAUUUUUUUAGAUAAAUAUAAAUUAGAUAAUAAUAAUUUGGCAAUAGUCGAGAAUUGUUGCGGAGAAGUAGAAAAUUCUAUAACAUAUGGAAAUUUUUCUAAAAAGGUGUUAUCGUUUAGUCAUUCUUUGAAGACAUAUGAAGGUACAGGUAUUCCAGAAAAAAUAUAUGAUGAAGAAAAAAAUAAUGGAAAAUUUCGAUUAUUAGGAUUAUAUGGUAAUAAUUCAACUAAUUGGUUAAUUACUGAUUUGGCUUGUAUGAUGAGUGGCAUUACAACAUUAGUAAUUCAAUCGAAAUUUAGUAUAGAUAUAAUUGUAGAUAUAUUAAAUGAAACAAAAUUAGAAUGGUUAUGUUUAGAUUUAGAUUUGGUUGAAGGAAUAUUAAAUCGUAAAAAUGAUUUGCCAUA